AUGGUGGGCAAGUGUUGGAAAUUGCUUGCGCAGAACAACAUGCUGGCCAAGAUUCUGUGCAACACUGAGUCCAGUCUCAUCACCCUCCACCUUGAGGCCAAAGUGUGCAUGCUCUACUGUCAGCAUGGGGGCAAGCUGCACUGCUUCACUACUGAUGAACUGAUGCAGCUUGGCAGCAACAUCAUUGACAUGAUGGAGAGGGAGGGCCACAGCAUGGGUCCUGGCUCCAUCUGCACCAUCCUCUCCAUGGUUGAUGUCAUCAUGCUGGGCCAGAUCUUGUGA